CAUCCUCACCCUCAACCAUAUCCAGAUUAACAUCAUGUCGCACAAAUACGCAACCGCGGCCCUCUUCGCCGCCGGGGCCUUCGCAGCCCCAGCUCCCCAAGCAUCAGGAUCAGGCACAGCCAACGAGCCGUCCGAAUUCACCGCAAACCCUAACGUCGGCGCCGGCGGGGACACAUUCACCGACUCCCCCCGGUUCCGCGUCUACGGCGCCACCGGCGAGUCCGCAGAGACAACCCUGCAGAUGCUCGAAUCCGCAUACACCUGCUUCGUGACGGAUCUCGGCUGGCGCUCGUCGGGGCUGUCAUACAACUCCGACUCCAACACCGCAGAGACAUGGUACAAGGAGAAUAUCUACGCCGUGGAUUCCCUGGAUAGUGCUGCUGGGGUUAUGGGUUCGGAUCCCGAGACUGGCCUGUCCUUUGUUCAGGUCGUGAAUACGUACCUUACUGACCCCUCGGUUACGGUGCACGAGUAUGGACACGCAUUGACGUAUCACGCGCAGAACUGGGUAGACCAGACGGCGACAGGGGCAUGGUGGGAGCCGCUAGCGAACUGGUUCGCGGAUACAUUCAUGACCUCUGAUCUGUGCGCGAGUGCGCGCGAAAAGUACUCCCAGGAGGCAGGGAACAGCGUUAUCGAGCUGCAGAAGGUCAUUGGGGAUAGUUACCAGGUUAUUGUUGAUGGGAGCGUCGAUAGCGGCAACUAUUACCAGUCGUGGCCGGUUCUGACGUAUCUCACGAAUAACCCGGAUAACUAUACGGGGCUUGGCAGUGAUGCUGUGCUGCAGUUGAAUCUCAAGUAUGAGGUUGGGAGUAAUGAGACGCCGCUGCAUACGCUGCAGAGACUACUUGGGGAUGGGGCGAGUGUUGCGCAGGUUGUUGGGCGGUACUGGGCGCAUAUGGCGUAUGUGGAUAUUGGGAGUGAAGCUGCGAACCGUGCGUUCCUGGAGCAGAGGGAGACGCUGAGUUAUGAGAAUCUGGAGGGGAGUGGGGAGAGCUAUACUGUUGUAUCUGGCAGACAGCCGCAGUACUUUGGCGCCAAUAUCAACCCGAUCACGGUGUCUGGGGGCAGUGUCAGCGUUACUGUCCAGUCGGACAAGGCGUUUACGGCGACCCUUGCGGUGAGAGAUACUGAUGCUGGGUCGGUGAGGUAUGUGGAUCUGGAGAAUGGUAGUGGCGAGGUUACUGUUGGAAGCAGCGAGGAGGCCAGUCUUGUUGUCGUCAACACUCCUGAAGAGUUGAUCCAGUAUGAUCCGUUUGAGCUGUCUAGUGAGGUCAAGGCUGGCUUGGACUAUACUGUGCAGAUCACUGGAGGGAGCUUUUAGGUAUCGCUGGCGAUUCCUCAGUUUUGACCUCUGGUUGUCGGUCUGUAAAUAGGAAGUUGAUACUGUAUAUAUGAUCUUGUUGAUAUAUUUCUACUACCUUGGUUCGUAAUAUAAGC